UCAAGAUUACAUUUUCGCUUGGGGACAUUGUGCGGCUCGUUACUGACAGUAAAACUCGUUACUUUUAACUUCCGUCGUAUAAUUUUGACAAAGAAUGAUAGAAGAUAAUCUUUGUAAACAAAACGUUUUGUAGGUUUUCAGGCUGUCCUUUGUAUUUUUAACUUGUUUACGUCGAGGCGCCUGAGCUGCUGUCGACAGGAGAAGGCUGCACGGUCUUCCUUUCGAUGUCAACGCCUUCACUGACUGGACUGGACGGGGAUCUCCGCUGGUGAAUUUCUUAUCAUUUCCUCCGAUCUGUAGAUCAGUUGAUGCAGCCAGGUAAGCCGCAGACGGAUGGAUGGAUGGAUGGUUGAGGUUGGAUGGAUGUUGGCUGCUUUCUAGUCUAGUGGGGGAUUCUCCGUGUGUCUCAUAUUACACUGCUGCGCUCCAUCCUCCUGCCUCCCUCCAUCGCGGUCGGUCUCCUGCAGCCUGUGAGCGGAUGAAUGCCAAAGCCUCUGGUUUUACCGUCGCCAAAAGGACUCCAUGUCUUUCUUGGAUUGUUCCUGCAUCUCCCACGCUCAGGUCCAGCCCAUGGACAUAGAGGAGCGCUAUGAGGACACCAGCCACCAGUUCCUGAGCUGUGACGGUUCUGAAUACACUCUGCAAGGGCCAGCAGGUGGUGAUGACAUCACAGGGCUGUCGGCUGAGCCAGCCCACUACCAGCUACUGUCAGAGCUGGGGAGGGGCUUCAAUAACCUGAGCCAGGUGAGCAUGGCACGGCACAACCCUACUGGCCAGCUGGUGGCCGUCAAACAAACCAACCUGGACGAGUGCACCGAGGAGGAGCUGCUGCAGCUCAUGAACGAGGUUCUGCUUUCACGGCUUUUCCGUCACCCCAACCUGCUGACCUCCCGCCUGGUUUUCAGCUCCUGCUGCCAGCUGUGGGUCCUCACACCGCUCAUGGCCUACGGCUCUGCAGACACUUUACUGAGGACAUAUUUCCCAGAUGGAAUGAGUGAAUCCCUGAUAGCGUACUUGCUGUACGGUGUGCUGAAAGCGCUGGAAUACCUGCACCGGAUGGGCUACGUUCACCGGGGGGUGAAGGCCAGUCAUAUCCUGCUGUCAGGGGAGGGGCGUGUUUACCUCUCAGGGCUCCACAGUGUUUACAGUAUGAUGCGUGAGGGGAAGAGGAUGAGGGCGGUGUUCGACAUGCCCCAUCACAGCCCCGCCCUGCUGCCCUGGCUCAGCCCUGAACUACUGCGACAGGACCUGCACGGUUACGGAGUGAAGUCAGAUAUCUACAGUUUAGGUAUUGUGGCCUGUGAGCUGGUCAGCGGCAGGGUGCCCUUCCAGGACAUGCCCCCCACUCAGAUGCUGCUUCAGAAGCUGCGCGGCUCCCACUGCUGCCUGCUCGAUGUGGCUCCCUUCCCGCUCGGCGAGCUGGGGGGGCUGAAGGUGUCGCGGUCCGGGGUGGACUCUGGCAUCGGGGAGAGCGUGGCCACCGGAAGCCUGACACACAGCGCCACCGCUCCUCCCACCGACCGACCUCAGAGCCCCGGACCUAAAAACCACUCGGCCACCCUGCACAACCUGGUCCAGCUGUGUCUGCAGCAGCAGCCUGAGCGCAGACCGUCAGCAUCUUCACUGUUGACCCACGCCUUCUUCAAGCAGGUGAAGAGGCACACUAGAGACUCCUUCCUCAGCCUCAUGUACCCAGCAGUGCCCCUCACCAGCCCCGAGGACCCUCCAGUGUCCUGUCCCCCUGGUCCGUCCUGCCAUGCUCCGACACCGUCCACCGCCGACACUCCUGAGGCUGUUUGGGACUUCUCCUAACCCCCCACCCCCUCUCCCUGCCCCUUAAUCUCCAAACCCUGACUAGCAAGCCAAACACAAGACAAUCAAAACAAAGCAAUGAGGCCAAAUUCUACUGUGCUUUUAUUUUUUAUUAUUAUUAUUAACCCAACUCUCUGAGCCUUUUUUAAGUAGUUUUGUAGAUUUUUUUGAUAUGUUCAUCUGAUGCAUAUGUGGACUUUAGUUGUGGGGUGGUGAGACGACUGUGAAAGUGCUGGUUCGAAGAAGCUGCUCCGAUCAUGUACGAAGGAGCCAUAAUAAUAAUUGUGGACGAUCGACGAGUCACAUGACAACAGAUGUAUUAGCUGACUAUAAUCACGCACUUCCUCUAAGGUAAAAAGGCAACUAAGAGUUAAAGGAAAAGUCCACCAAAAAUUGCUUCAUUGUUAAAAACAGAUCUUUGUGUUUAACGGUGUAUGUCUCGGCAUAUUCUGUUGUUUUUAUGGUGUUUCUUCAUGUUUCUUUUGGGUGAGUGCUUUACCUGUUCUUCUGCUCCAAAAGCAGAAACUGAGGACCUCACUAACUGUAUCUGAACUAAAUGAGUGAACACACCAAAUAAGUAUUGACAAGUUAAACCCCUGAGUGUAGGACACUAUGGUGGAUUUUUCCUUUAAAGUAUUAUGUAUUCUGACUGUGAAUAGCGAAUACUGCGGUACAUAGAAAGAGAUUUACAGCACUUAUGUGCAUAUAUAUUCAUCUAUACCUGAGAGUUAGUGAGACACUCCUUUUGGCUCCAGAACUUACCUGAGAAUCGUCAUAUUUUUAAGUCUUCUUGAAAAUCAGACUGAUCCAUUGCAGACAGGAACAGCUAAGAGCUAAUUCUGCAUACUUGAUGGUGACAAAAUGAUUACAAGUACAGACUAGUUUCUGUUUACAUCCUUCAAAGCCCCAAAAUUAUGGGAAACGUGGUUCAAAAAGAGUUUGAUUACACCUCAAAUCGAUGUGUAUUGACCUGUAUCACUCAGUCUAUUUAAAUCAUAAUAGAACUAAAGUCUGCACACUCUCCCAGGUUACUGCAUCCAAAAUGCUUGGAAAACUGGCCACAAUCAAAUAUGUGAAUCUAUUUUUGCUGUGUGUUGGAACAUAUAUGCACAUAGUGUUCUUGUAUAGUAGUUUUAAAACUUAUUAUUACGUUUGCCAGUGAGCUAAUAGGACAAGGUGCAAACUGGGCUCUUAAAAAAGAGCAUAUGAGCAAUAGAAUAUAUGUAGUGUUCCACGUAGGAGUUAGAAACCAUCAGUAGAAACAGUAGAUGAAAACCUUCCCUCUCCCGAUCAUCAGUGAAACGCCAAAAGAAGAAUAUUUCUACUGUGCUCUGUGACCACUUAUCCAACAAUGCCUUUGUGUUUCACUGAAACCUGCAUUCUGAAUAUGGUGAUCGAUCUGUAACUGUGAUUAAGUUUACUGUGUGUAAGAACUGUGAUUUGCAGUACAUAUCAAACAUGGUAGCUGUAUAAGCCUGAUAUAUACACACUUAUUAUAAAUGACAAGUUGAUUUCUAAACCUCCCGUUAGCUUUGAUCGACUUCUUUAUAGUUUGUGGAUUAUGAGCCUGAAACAACCUGAAGGCUCGGAGACACAUUUUUAAAUCAUAUAGUGUCUCGUGACAGUUGGACAUUUUUAUUUAGCAGUUUGUAUGCAUCCCUGUGAACCCAGAACUAAGAGAACUAAACUGCUGCAUCUGGAGAUUUGUACAUUGAGUCAAAGCUGCCAAUAGAGGCGGUUAUUUGUCACCAUCUAGUGGUUGAUUGGAUGUACUGCAAGUGAAAUGACUACCUUGAACUUGACAAAUGCUCUCGAGAAACUAGAGACU